AUGGCCAACGGGACCAACGCCUCCACCCCGCACUACAGCUACGAGUACUACCUGGACUACCUGGACCUCAUCCCUGUGGACGAAAAGAAGCUGAGAGCCCACAAAUACUCCGUGGUCAUCGCCUUCUGGGUGAGCCUGGCGGCCUUCGUGGUUCUCCUGUUUCUCAUCCUGCUCUACAUGUCCUGGCCGAGCUCCCCACAGGCCAGGAAUGCCCAGCACCGCUCCACGUGCCCCUGGAGUCUCCACCUCGACCUCCCCCUCUGCGUCCGGAGGCACCUUCUGCUGCACAGGGCCUCCCAGGGGACCCCACAGGCCUCACUGAGCUCAGCUGGGGAGGGGGAGCCAGGCAGCAGAGCAUCCGACGCCUCUGCCUCAACCCCUACUGCCCCGGAGGCCCACCCUGCCCUCCUGUGGGACCAGGCCCUCGAUGGGGACCCCCACAGCAUCAGCUGA